ACUACGACCAUUGUUUUUAUACGAAAAAAAAUAUCCAUCUCAUCCGCAGUGCCGUCCUGGUUUGUUUUUCUGUCCAUCUAUUGAAACGGAACUGGUUAGUGGCCGCCUGGUCCCCAACAUCCCGCGGAGCGUGCAAUGAACCUUACAGAGCAAAACCCGUACGGGAACGGGCUGCUCUACGCAGCCUUUAACCAAGACCAGGGAUGCUUUGCCUGUGCCACGGACACCGGAUUCCGGGUCUACAACUGUGAUCCGCUGAAGGAAAAGGAGCGCCAGUACUUCCCAGAAGGUGGUCUGAGCCAUGUGGAGAUGCUGUUCAGGUGCAAUUACCUGGCUUUGGUGGGCGGCGGCAUCCGGCCGCUGUAUCCGCCCAAUAAGGUGAUUGUUUGGGAUGACCUGAAAAAGUCACCGGCCAUAUCGCUGGACUUCAACCAGCCGGUGCGGGCGGUGCGGCUUCGUAGGGAUCGCAUUGUCGUGGUACUGGAGGGUGUCAUCAAGGUUUUCACUUUCACGCAGCAGCCACAACAGCUGCAUGUAUUCGAGACGAGCUCCAAUCCCAAUGGCUUGUGCGUCCUGUGCCCGCACAGCAACAAGAGCCUGCUCGCAUUCCCCGGCCGGCGAACUGGCCACGUUCAGAUCGUUGAUCUGGCCAACACGGAACGGGCACCGCUGGAGGUGAUUGCCCACGAGGCGGGCAUUAGCUGCAUUGCCUUGAACCUGCAGGGCACACGACUGGCCACCGCCGGGGAGAAGGGUACCCUCAUCCGGAUCUUUGACACGGAGAGCGGCAAGAAGGUAUCGGAACUGAGGCGGGGCAGCAACCAUGCCAAUAUAUUCUGCAUUAACUUUAACCACCAGUCCACCAUGGUGGUGGUGGCCUCCGAUCAUGGCACCAUACACGUGUUUAACCUGGAGGACAACAAGCCCCGCGAGUCCUCGAUAAUACCCAAGUAUUUUUCGAGCCAAUGGAGCUUUGUGAAGUUCUCAAUACCGCAGGGACCCCGAUGUGUUUGUGCCUUUGGCGCCGAUCCCAAUUCGGUUGUGGCCAUUUGUGCGGACGGCCAUUAUUACAAAUUCCUAUUCAACAACAAGGGCGAAUGCAGUCGCGACAUCUGCACACAAUUCCUUGAGCUGCAGGACGAUGAGACCUAGAGAGUCGCUGUGUCCUUGCAUCUAUAUAAAGUUAUACAUACAUACAUAUAUAUCUCCAUGGAAAUGUGUUAUACAAUAUUACAUUUAAGCAUGCUUUAAAAUACGAGUUACAAAAGCCAAGUUCACAUAAAAAGUAGUUGAAAACCUUGA